CUCGAUGUUCUGCUCAUAACAUGAAUACAUUUGUAAAUAUUCAAUUUAAAGUGAGCUUCAGAUUGGUUCUACAUAUCAACUUAUAUAGGGUGUAUAAACUUUCUUCUUAAUAGUUUUCUUAUAGAGCAACAGGAUAUUAAAAAUAUCAGAUCAAAUAAAUAUUGAUAAGCUAUGCUUGGAAUGAAUGAGUUAGGUGGCCUGAAGCAGCCAAAACAGGGAGCAAAGGGUGGACCGCAGACUGUAGUAUGCCACAUCUGCGGGCGAGAGUUUGGGUCCAAGUCAAUUGCAAUUCACGAGCCCCAGUGUCUUGAGAAAUGGAAGGUGGAGAAUUCAAAACUGCCAAAAGGUCAGAGAAGACCACUGCCAAAAAAACCUGACGGAGGAAUGUCCAGAGAGGAGAUGAAUGACCUUGCCUGGGAGAAUGCGAAGGCCCAACUGAUCCCAUGUGAGAACUGCGGGCGUCGUUUUGCCUCAGACCGCCUGCCCGUCCACCAGCGAUCCUGCAAGCCCAAGGGUGGGGCAGGUGGUGGGGGCUCCACUGGUGGGGCAGGGGCUUUUGGGGGAGGUCAAUCUAAGGCUCCAGUUUUUAAGAAGCCUCCUUCUAUGGUGUGCUACAUUUGUGGACGCGAAUUCGGCACGAAGUCCAUUGCAAUUCACGAGCCCCAGUGUCUUGAGAAAUGGAAGGCAGAGAACUCAAAACUGCCCAAAGGUCAGAGAAGACCAAUGCCAAAAAAACCUGAUGGAGGAAUAUCCAGAGAGGAGAUGAAUGACCUUGCCUGGGAGAAUGCGAAGGCCCAACUGAUCCCAUGUGAGAACUGCGGGCGUCGUUUUGCCUCAGACCGCCUGCCCGUCCACCAGCGAUCCUGCAAGCCCAAGGGUGGGGCAGGUGGUGGGGGCUCCAUUGGUGCAACACCUAGUAUGGGUGUCUUGAUUAUCAUUUCUGACCAACAGGCUCCAGUUUUUAAGAAGCCUCCUUCUAUGGUGUGCUACAUUUGUGGACGCGAAUUCGGCACAAAGUCCAUUGCGAUACACGAGCCCCAGUGUCUCGAGAAAUGGAAGGUUCAGAAUGACAAACUCCCGAAGGGCCAGCGGAGACCGGAACCUAACAAGCCAGAGGUUCGCUCUAUUGGAGCAACUGGUAAAUAUGAUGUAGAUGCAAUGAACGAGGCAGCGUACCAGAGUGCAAUGUCAAACCUAGUACCAUGCCCGAACUGUGGGCGUACAUUCAACCCUGACCGUCUGACUGUACAUCAGCGUAGCUGUAAGCCCAAGGUGCCCAAGGAGGAUGCCUGAACAAUGGAUUGACCACAUUAUGACGGACCAUAUUUUGCUCAUAUAUAUAUGUGUGUGUAUGUGUGUGUGUGUGUGUGUGUGUGUGUGUGUGUGUGUGUGUGUGUGUGUGUGUGCGUGCGUGUGUGUCAAACAAAGUGAGAGAAGGAUGGUUUUUCUUCAGUUGGUAUUAUUUUAUUACAACUUGAUAGGUCAAUCGUGUCUUAAUACUUCACACAGUUGUUCAGAGCCAUCACAUAAUGAGGUUAGAUAACUCGAUAUUAUCUUUUAUACAAAUUAUGGCCCCUGAUUGACUAUGGAACUUAGGUUAAAGUUUUAGGGCAGGUUGGGAUAUUUAUUAAUAACUUCUAUACCCUUCAUUCAAUUGACUUAAUAUUUCACAUAAUUGUUCAGGACCAUCACCCAAUGAGGUUACAUAACUAUAUCCUUAAUACAAGUUAUGGUCCCUGAUUGACUUAGAUUAAAGUUUUAGGCAAGUAAAAGUUAAGGGCAAGUUAGGAUUUUAAUAAAAAAAAACUUCUAUACCUUUCAUUCAAUGCAUUUAAUAAAAUUCAAAAUUAUUUACGACCAUCUUACAACAAGAAACAUAACUCCAUUUUAACCCUAAAUACAGAUUAUGUCCCUUGGAUAUUUUUUUUUUAAAUUUCUUUUGACAGGCACAUUUUUACAUUGAAUCUUAACCAGUCUUUUACCAAGGGGAAACAAUGAAGGCUAUACUAUAUGGCCUUUGAUUUAUUUUUUUUAAAUUUCUUUUGAAAGGCAUAUUUGUAUAUUCUUUACCACAUUUUCAUAAUGGGAAAUGAAGUUAUUUGAAUGACUUGCGUCAUUUUUCGGGUGGUGGGAGGGCAGCAUCAAAGUCAUGUUUUGAAAAAUUUUAGCAAGGUUUGACAUAAACAGACCAAACUUGGUAAUAUUACAUUGUUAUUGUAUUCACUUCUAAGUCAAAGCGGCGAAGUCGAGCAGCGCGCUGUCUUACGACAGCUCUUGUUUAAGGAGUAUUAAGUUUUAAAAUUGUGGGAAAAUACUUUGCUUAAUUAACAUAUGUAAUUAAAGCGUUUAAUUGUGAAAAUUCAUUCGUUUGUAUAUAUGAUACCGGUAGGCAAAUCCAUAUAUAGAUGUCUGAUGUCCUUUAAAUGUUUGUGAAUUGUUAUGCCCUAAACACAGCCAUGUAAGUCAUACAUGAAUAUGGUGUUCAAACCAAAAUGAUUAAGGCCUUCACCAAUUGGUAACUUUCUAUGAUUCUGGCAUUUUAGCUCACCUGAGCACGAAGUUCUCAAGGUGAGCUAUUGUGAUCGCCCUGUGUAGGUUAUCGUCCGUCGUCAACAAUUUGACUGUUAACACUCUGGAGGGCACAAUUUGGGCACAAUCUUAAUGAAACUUGGUCAGAAUGUUACCCUCAAUAAAAUCUUAGAUGAGUUCGAUAUUGGGUCAUCUGGGGUUAAAAAUUAGGUCAUCAGGUCAAAUUGAAGGAAAAGCUUGUUAACACUAUAAAGGUCACAUUUAUGACUGUAUCUUCAGGAAACAUGGUCAGAAUGUUAAUAUUAAUAAUCUCUAGGUCGAGUUUGAAUCUGGGUCAUGUGCGGUCAAAAACUAGGUCACCAGAUUAAAUCAUAGGAAAAGUUUGUUAGCACUCUAGAGGUCACAUUUAUGACUGUUUCUUCAGGAAACUUAGUCAGAAUGUUAAUAUUAAUAAUCUCUAGGUCGAAUUCGAAUCUGGGUCAUGUACGGUCAAAAACUAGGUCACCAGGUAAUAUUGAAGGAAAAGCUAGUAUACACUGUAGAGGUCAUAUUUAUGACUGUAUCUUUAUGAGAGUUGGUCAGAAUGUUAAUAUUAAUAAUCUUUUAGUCGAAUUUAAAUCUGGGCCAUGUGCGGUCAAAAACUAGGUCACCAGCUCAAAUCAUAGGAAAAGUUUGUUAGCACUCUAGAGGUCACAUUUAUGACUGUAUGUUCAUGAAACUUAGUCAGAAUGUAUAUAUGUAUUAGCUCUAGGCCAUGUUCGAAUCUUGGUCAUGUGCUUUCAAAAACUAGGUCACCAGGUCAAAUUUGUCGUGAAAGUUCAUUUGAAGUUUUAACCACAGUUUCAAACAUAAAUUUGACUCACUUUUAUUCAGCCACGAUUUAUAUGUACCCCUUUUUCGAAUAAUUAUUAAAGAGCAAGUUGUUAUGUAUGGGGGCAGCCAUCUUGAAUGAACUACUUCCGCUUUGCAUUUUGGGAAAUCUCCCUAGCAACUGUCAAGAUGCUGACAUAAUAUUGUCGAUUUUUGAGGUUUCGAUUGUAAUCUCUCUCUUUUUAACAUUUCGAUUUUUGUGUCUUUGUGGCAGUCAUGUAGAUCAGACUUUCCUCUAUAUAGAUUCAUACACAAAAUUAUAGAACCAAUUUCUUUCAUUAUAAUACUUUCUGCACUGUUUGAAUUGAAGCAGUAGUAAACAUUCUAUUUUUACGGAAACUCACAACACUUUUUCACCAAAUGUACAAUUGUUUAUGUUCCUUCGGCUCUAGUAUAUAAGAUUGAGCUUGCAGACGAUCAAGGACUCUGGCAGCCAUUUUCACAGCGACAAGCUGAAUUUUCAUUUUCAAGUAAAUUUUUGUUAUAUUUAUCUAAAAUCAUAGUAGAAAUAAAAUAUAAGUAAGAAUUAAGUAUAGAACUCGUUGGUUAAAUUCUUUAAUCAAUUUCAAUAGAAUUUAAGUGUUACUUUAAGAAUAUUUUACUUAAAGAUUGGGUGAGAAUGAGAGAGUGAGAGAAUUUCCUAUUUAAAUUCUGGGAAUACAACAUUAUUAAUUAUAUGAAUAUUCUUAUUCUUGAUAUUUGUACAUAGUUUAACGAAUACACCAUAGAAGAGUUGUU